ACACAAACCAACAAAAUCUAAAUCCAUUCCCCUCACAGAAAAAAGCCUUUCUCCCAUAUCCUUUAUUUUUUUUUUUUUGUCUUCAUCUUCAUGAUCCAAAACUCCAACGCCUCCUCCCGCCGGAUUCUCACCUUCCCGGCGGUUCACCCAUGCCAAAGCAUCGCUCCGACAACUCUCCUCGCCUCUCUAAUCGCGCUCUGCCGCUCCGCCUGCGACUACAAAUCCAAGUCGUUCGGCAGCAAUGUGAGGAAUGCACGCGAAACCAUUCGCCAGGUCGGCAACCUCCUCCUCCUCCUCCACGAAAUUCGGCUCUCGUUCUCCCCGAUCCCCGACUCGCUCCUCCUCGGCCUCUCGGAGCUUCACCUGACUGUCCAGAAGGUGAUCUACCUCCUCGACGAUUGCUCCCGCGGCGACGGCGCCCGGAUGUGGAUGCUGAUGGAGUCGGAUCGGGUCGCGAAUCAUUUCCGGGUUCUGGUUCGUGAGAUGGCUACGGCUCUGGAGGUCCUGCCGUUGGAGGUUCUCGAUCUGCCGUGCGAUGCGGUGGAGGUGGCCGAGCUCGCGAUGAGGCAAGCGAGGCAGACGAAAUUCCAAGUCGCAUCGGGUGACCAAGCAGCCAUGGCGGAGGUUUUGACCAUCUUGCGCAGGUUCGAGGGCGGCGAUGAUGUCCCCGAUCGCGGAGAGAUCAAGCGGGUACUGGAUUACAUCGGGGUGAAGAAAUGGAGCGACUGUUACAGGGAGGUAAAAUUCUUGGACUCUGAGAUUGAGUUUCAUUAUUCCAACAAGGAAAUGAAAAGAGAAUUGGAUGCGUUGAGUAGCUUGCUAGGUUUGAUGAACUACGCUAGGUGCGUGCUGUUCGAUUUCGUAGACGGCAAAUCGGAUCCGCCCGUUCACUGCGAGGGUGAAAGCCGCAACGACGAGUUGCUGGGUUCCCUCGACGGUGACAGUUUCCGCUGCCCGAUUUCUCUUGAAAUUAUGAGGGAUCCUGUCAUAAUCGAGACCGGGCAUACUUAUGAUCGUUGCUCGAUUCUGAAAUGGUUCAGGGCUGGAAAUGCAACCUGUCCCAACACGGGGAAAAAGUUGUCAAGCACAGAGCUUAUACCUAAUGUUGCUCUGAAGCAAUUGAUUCGGCAGUAUUGCCUUGCAAAUGGAAUCCCAAUUGCUGAUUCCAGUCGCAAGACCCGGGAUAUAACGAGGACGGCGGCUGCAGGCAGUUUGGCUGCAGCAAAUGCUAUGAAAGCUGCAGCUAGUUUUCUUGCUGGCAAGCUCCUAGGUGGAGAUUGUAAAGGGAGGAACAAAUCAGCUUAUGAGAUCCGGCUUCUUAGCAAAACAAGCAUUUUUAACAGGUCUUGUUUGGUGGAAGCUGGAGUUAUUCCGUCCCUUAUGGAAUUGUUGUCCUCAGAAGACGACGGUACUUCUCAGGAGAAUGCCAUUGCAGCCCUUCUGAAUCUCUCAAAGCAUUCGAGAAGCAAAGCUUUGAUUGUUGAGAAUGGAGGGUUGAGAUCCAUUGUAGAUAUCUUGAAGAAGGGAGUGAAGGUGGAGGCUAGGCAGCAUGCAGCUGCAACAGUCUUCUAUCUCGCUUCAAUUGAGGAGUACAGAAAAUUGAUUGGUGAAACCACAGAAGCUAUCUCGGAUUUGGUAGAGAUGGUCAAAGAAGCAAACUACAGGGGGAAAAAGAAUGCUCUCGUUGCAAUCUAUGGGCUGCUGAUGCAUCCAGGAAACCAUUGGAGGGUUCUUGCAUUUGGAGCAGUUCCUUUACUUCUCGAUGUCCUGAUCUCUUCGGACAGAGACGAGGUUGUGACGGAUUCUUUAGCUGUUCUAGCAACUCUGGCUGAGAAACCUGAGGGGGCACAAGCGAUUAUUAGAUGCGGAGCUUUGCCUCAGGUUGUAAGGAUUCUGGCCUCUACCAAUCCAAGGGCCACAAUGGAGCACUGUGUCUGCCUGUUGCUUGCUCUAUCCAUCAAUGGUGGUGAAGAUGUGGUGGCUUAUCUGGUGCGUACCCCUUCUCUUAUGGGAUCAUUAUAUUCCCAACUCAGUGAAGGCACAUCUCGAGCAAGCAAGAAAGCCGGUGCUCUCAUUAGGGUUCUUCACGAAUUCUAUGAAAGAACCUCCUCCACUUCAAAGACAACAGUUCUUCCUCGGGAGCAAUUUGUUCAUGCGUGGUAAACCCAAAGCCAUUUUUAUCAUUUGGGUAUUCCACAUUUUUUCAUUCUUUUUUGUAUCAUUUCCAAGCAUCUGUCAUCUGUAUAUACACUUAAAUUGUGUAGAGGAUGAUUGCUCUCUUUGUUGUUGUUCACAUUAGCUCGGGUUUUUGAAGAGCUAACAACAUCACAUUGUCUUGGCUUCUGUAUUUUUAAAAUGAAGCUUUGUACAAAACUGCAUAUCUAUUCUGUUGUAAUUCAUUUUCCUGUGUUGUAAAUGAAAUGACUCUCAGUGUUGUAAAAGUAUAAUGUGCUACAGAUUCUCAUAUUUGAUAUACAAACAAGGCCUUCUGGUCAGCUUGAUUGGAUGUGUUCAUGCUUCGUCAGCUCGACGAUCUCAUUGAGAUGUCAAAUAUAUAAACAAGGCUUCUGAGUCAGCUUGAUUAGAUGUGGCGAUGCUUCGUCAGCUCGACAAUCUCAUUGAGAUGUUGAGUGCUUUCUCCAAUCUUGUCACCACCUUCUCCAUUGUUGGUCUGUCCUGCUUACCACCUGAGCAUGACAGGGCUAGAUUGAAUAGAAUCUCAAACGCUUCAGUAGAAUACUCCCCGUUAAGUUUUAGGAUCACCAAAUUCUGAUAUAUAUUUCCCCCGUGACGGCUGUAUAGGAGGCCUGCAAAAAGUUUGAACUGAAGAAGAUCAAGACCUGAAAGAUUUAUAUGAAGUGUAUGGAAGAAAUCCAUAUUGGCUUUUGAUGGAAAUCUAGUUUCUUCUACUUCUUUAACUUUUUAUUGAGCUGCAUAUGUAUGUUGUGAUUCAUGUUGAUCACCUUCUGUCCAGAUAGAAUUUUUUGCAUCAGCACUAUCCCAAAGCUGUAGACAACCCCCUUAGCAUUUACAUGGUGGUUCCUCUGAUACUCAGAUUCCACAUAACCAAACGUUCCCCUCACUUUUGAACUCGCAAAUGCCUGUCCCAGGUUGAUAACUUUGGAGAAUCCGAAAUCCAACAGCUUCGCUUGGAGAUUGGAAUCAAGAAGAGCAUAAAGAUAUAUACGUAAU